AUGGUAUCUUCUGAAUUACAAGGUGCAUUUGUUGUUAAACAGGUUCAACCAGAUGACCCUACAGUAGAGGUCACUUUACCAAAUAUAAAGAAGGACAUUGUUCCUGGUAACAAGAUUAAAUUGAUAAUUACACCUGUGUCGGAUGUUGCAACGCCUGUUGUGAAGGAUGUGCAAGUGAAAAUCUGUAGGAAAGAGGUUACGACAGUCGUCACUUCAAUCACAGCAGCAACAACUUUGUUAUCAACAACUACAGAGUGUAUGAAGACCGCUUUAGAUGAACUUACUCCAACAAUGUUAGCAGUAACUACCGAUGAUUCUGCCAAUGGAUUUAACCCAGAAGACAUACUGCGAACCACUGGAUGGAUUGCCAAUGCUAGAAACCCUGUAGUUGUUCUGAAACUAAAUGACGACGACGACAGUCCAAAGGUUUACCAAGUUAGCAUGACUGUCACUAAUGUCAAGCAGAUAGAAGCUGAAUUAAAGAAUGUUGAAGGAGUAACAGUGACAACUGUAACAAAAAUGCCAAAAUCAACAGGACAAGAACCAGUAGUUUUAAGUUUCAAUGGUGCUAUUGGUACAGAAAUUGUAAUUAAACUGGUGUCACCACUAAGAGGUGAACCACCAAUUGUUUCUGAUACAGAAGUAAUUGCAUGUAUUCAUCCAAAAGAGAUUACAACAGUCAUUCUGCCGUCUACAUCAACAACAACUUUGGUACCAACAACGACAGCUAUCAUGGAGUGUCCAGUAGAUACGGUAUCUGAACCAGUAGUUGUUGAAAAAGUGAUUACAUCAUCUAAUCCAACUGAGGCAGAUCAAGUUCUUGAACCUGAAGGAUGGACUCCAGCACCUGAUGAUGAUACUCCAACCGUUGUAUUGACAUGGGAUGAACCGGAAUCAAUUAUGGAUGUAAUUGUUGUAACAGAAAAUGUUGACACUGUCCGAAUCAUUGUUUACAAUGACGAUGAAGUUGUUUUUGAUGAGCCUAUCAAGGUUCAACCAGAUGAUCAGACAGUAGAUGUCACUUUACCAAAUAUCAAGAAGGACGUUGUUCCUGGUAACAAGAUUAAAUUUAUAAUUACACCUUUGUCGGAUGUUGCAACGCCUGUUGUGAAAGACGUGAAAGUUAAAAUCUGUAGGAAAGAGAUUACGACAGUCGUCACGUCUACUACAUCAUCAACAACUUUGUUAUCAACAACUACAGAGUGUAUGAAGACCGCUUUAGAUGAACUUACUCCAACAAUGUUAGCAGUAACUACCGAUGAUUCUGCCAAUGGAUUUAACCCAGAAGACAUACUGCGAACCACUGGAUGGAUUGCCGAUGCUAGAAACCCUGUAGUUGUUCUGAAACUAAAUGACGACGACGACAGUCCAAAGGUUUACCAAGUUAGCAUGACUGUCACCAAUGUCAAACAGAUAGAAGCUGAAUUAAAGAAUGUUGAAGGAGUAACAGUGACAACUGUAACAAAAAUGCCAAAAUCAACAGGACAAGAACCAGUAGUUUUAAGUUUCAAUGGUGUUAUUGGUACAGAAAUUAUAAUUAAACUGGUGUCACCACUAAGAGCUGAACCACCUAUUGUUUCUGAUACAGAAGUUAUUGCAUGUAUUCAUCCAAAAGAGAUUACAACAGUCAUCAUGCCGUCUACAUCAACAACUACUUUAGUACCAACAACCACAGCUAUCAUGGAGUGUCCAGUAAAUACAGUAUCUGAACCAAUAGAUGUUGAAAAUGUUAUUACAUCAUCUAAUCCAACUGAGGCAGAUCAAGUUCUUGAACCUGAAGGAUGGACCCCAGCUCCUGAUGAUGAUACUCCAACCGUUGUAUUGACAUGGGAUGAACCGAAAUCAGUUAUGGAUGUAAUUGUUGUAACAGAAGAAGUUGACACUGUCCGAAUCAUUGUUUACAAUGACGAUGAAGUUGUUUUUGAUGAGCCUUUCAAGGUACAACCAGAUGACCCUACAGUAGAGGUCACUUUACCGAAUAUCAAGAAGGACAUUGUUCCUGGUAACAAGAUUAAAUUGAUAAUUACACCUGUGUCGGAUGUUGCGACGCCUGUUGUGAAGGAUGUAACAGUUAAAAUCUGUAGGAAAGAGAUUACAACAGUUAUCCUGCCAACUACAUCAACAACAACUUUGGUACCAACUACAACAGCUAUCAUGGAGUGUCCAGUAAAUACGGUAUCUGAACUAGUAGAUGUUGAAAAAGUGACCACAUCAUCUAAUCCAACUGAGGCAGAUCAAGUUCUUGAACCUGAAGGAUGGACCCCAGCACCUGAUGAUGAAACACCAACCGUUGUAUUGACAUGGGAUGAACCGGAAUCAAUUAUGGAUGUAAUUGUAGUAACAGAAGAGGUUGACACUGUCCGAAUUAUUGUUUACAAUGACGAUGAAGUUGUUUUUGAUGAGCCUUUCAAGGUUCAACCAGAUGACCAGACAGUAGAUGUCACUUUACCAAAUAUUAAGAAGGACGUUGUUCCUGGUAACAAGAUUAAAUUGAUAAUUACACCUGUGUCUGAUGUUGCGACGCCUGUUGUGAAGGAUGUGGUAGUAAAAAUCUGUAGGAAAGAGAUAACGACAGUCGUCACUUCUACUUCAGCAUCAACAACUUUGUUAUCCACAACUACAGAGUGUAUGAAGACCGCUUUAGAUGAACUUACUCCAACAAUGUUAGCAGUAACUACCGAUGAUUCUGCCAAUGGAUUUAACCCAGAUGACAUAUUGGGAACCAAUGGAUGGAUAGCCGAUGGUAGAAACCCUGUAAUUGUUUUGAAACUGAAUGACGACGACGACAGUCCAAAGGUUUACCAAGUUAGCAUGACUGUCACUAAUGUCAAGCAGAUAGAAGCUGAAUUAAAGAAUGUUGAAGGAGUAACAGUGACAACUGUAACAAAAAUGCCAAAAUCAACAGGACAAGAACCAGUAGUUUUAAGUUUCAAUGGUGUUAUUGGUACAGAAAUUGUAAUUAAACUGGUGUCACCACUAAGAGGUGAACCACCUAUUGUUUCUGAUACAGAAGUAAUUGCGUGUAUUCAUCCAAAAGAGAUAACAACAGUCAUCCUACCGACUACAUCAACAACAACUUUGGUACCAACAACCACAGCUAUCAUGGAGUGUCCAGUAAAUACGGUAUCGGAACCAGUAGAUGUUGAAAAUGUUAUUACAUCAUCUAAUCCAACUGAGGCAGAUCAAGUUCUUGAACCUGAAGGAUGGACUCCAGCACCUGAUGAUGAUACUCCAACCGUUGUAUUGACAUGGGAGGAACCAGAAUCCAUUAUGGAUGUAAUUGUAGUAACAGAAGAGGUUGACACUGUCCGAAUUAUUGUUUACAAUGACGAUGAAGUUGUGUUUGAUGAGCCUUUCAAGGUUCAACCAGAUGACCCGACAGUAGAGGUCAACUUACCGAAUAUCAAGAAGGACAUUGUUCCUGGUAACAAAAUUAAAUUGAUUAUUACACCUGUGUCAGAUGUUGCGACGCCUGUUGUGAAGGAUGUGGUAGUUAAAAUCUGUAGGAAAGAGAUUACAACAGUCAUCCUGCCAUCUACAUCAACAACAACUUUGGUACCAACAACCACAGCUAUCAUGGAGUGUCCAGUAGAUACAGUAUCUGAACCAGUAGAUGUUGAAAAUGUUAUCACAUCAUCUAAUCCAACCGAGGCAGAUCAAGUUCUUGAACCUGAAGGAUGGACCCCAGCACCUGAUGAUGAUACUCCAACCGUUGUAUUGACAUGGGAGGAACCGGAAUCAAUUAUGGAAGUGAUUGUAGUAACAGAAGAGGUUGAUACUGUCCGAAUCAUUGUUUACAAUGACGAUGAAGUUGUGUUUGAUGAGCCUUUCAAGGUUCAACCCGAUGACCCGACAGUUGAUGUCAACUUACCAAAUAUUAAGAAGGACAUUGUUCCUGGUAACAAGAUUAAAUUGAUAAUUACACCUGUGUCGGAUGUUGCAACGCCUGUUGUGAAGGAUGUGGUAGUUAAAAUCUGUAGGAAAGAAACAACAACAACGCCAGCGCCAUCAACUACAACACAAAUACUCACAACAACACCAAUAGUAUCGACAACAACAGCGGCAGGGCCAUAUACAACAACACAAAUACUCACAACAACACCAAUAGUAUCGACAACAACAGCGGGAGGGCAUUCAACAACAACACAAAUACUAACAACAACAACACCAUUAGUAUCGACAACAACAGAAUGUAUAAAAACUACUAUGGAGGAUGUAUCCCCAGAUAUGUUGACAGUCAUUACGGAAGACUCUGCACUUGGGUUUAAUCCAGAGGACAUAUUUAAAACCUCCGGAUGGGUGGCUAAUAGAAAUAAACCCGAAAUUACAUUGGAAUUAAGAGACAGUAAUGAUAGCCCCAUGGUGUAUCAAGUUAUAAUGAAUGUAGCCAAUGUUCGAAAGAUUGAAGCUGUUCUUAAUAAUGUGGAAAACGAAUUUGUUAAAUCAGUUACAAAAGAACCAGAGUCAGCCUCAACUGAAACAGUUGUAUUGAUGUUUGAUGGUGUCAUUGGUACUGAAAUUGUGAUAUCAUUUGUUGCGUCAGGAGAAAAACCAAUCAUCUCUGAAGUGAAAGUGGUUGCCUGUAUUCAUCCAAAAGAGAUAACAACAGCUGUAAGUCAUACAACAGGAACAACAACUUUCAAAUCAACAACAGCGAUGUAUUGCCAAUUCACACAAGAAGCCUUUAAAGACAACUUUGGAUAUGAGCAGAUAGAUAUAGUUGGUUUUGUUGAAAAAGAUGGAAUUGAGGGUCUUACAAGCAAUAGUGAAAUAAUUCAGAUAGAUUCAGUGAUAGAGGAAGGAAUUGUCGUUUUCGUUGGAUGUAGUAACUGUACUUGUGAAAUGGAUGGUAACAUCAGAUGUGAUAUAGGACAAUGUGAAGAAUGCAAAUAUACACAGUGGAGUGAAUGGACACCUUGUUCAAGAGAAUGUGAUGUAGGAUCCAGAUCAAGGCAAAGAAUCAAAAUUACAAUUACCAAUCCUAAUAUAUGUGCUGAUGAUCUAAAGGAAAUUGAAGACUGCAACAUAGAACCAUGCGUUACACCAACAACGAUGCCAGUGUGUGAGCAGUGGAGUGAAUGGAAUGAAUGCAGCACUUCUGACCCUUGCACUGAAGGUGUACGAUCAAGAGAACGACAUUGUCCUGACAGUCCGUCCCUAGAAAAGGAGCCAUGUGUAAACAACUGCACAUAUCCAGUAUGCGAACAUCCGUUGGUAUUACUAACAGAACCAACUUGUCAGCUGACCUGUUAUACAAUUCAAUAUCCAGAAAGUUGUGUUAUUCCUGAUGAUAUGGAACCUAGUUGUGGAUGUAUGGAGGGUUACGUGCUUGACGAAGAAAGUAAUAUUUGUAUUCCUAUCCAUGAAUGUCAGAAAUGUUACAAAGAAGAUGGAACAGCUGUAAAUCCUGGUCUAAGUUAUAUGAAAUCCGAUUGUGAAGAGUGUAUCUGUACAGAAGGAUUAACAUUAACAUGCGGUAUCAAAACUGACUGUUGCGCAUGGACUGAAUGGGGACACUGGGGAGAAUGUAGUGAAUCUUGUAAAGAUGGAGUGCAGAAUAAAUACAGGGAAUUGUUGGUCGGAGACCCUCACUCAUGUGGAGAUGACAAGAUAACUAGAGUAUGUAGUCCACCGACAUCACUACCUGACGAAUGCAUAGACUGUAUAUACAACAACGAGGAAUACAGUGUUGGAGAUCUAGUUGAUGUCAGGGAUAAUGGAUGUACAAAGUGCUACUGUGAUUCUACUCAUAACUCGUACUGUGUUCCGGAUCCUGUUGCCAAUGUCAACGGAUCAUGGUCAGACUGGGCGGAAUGGUCAGCUUGUAGCAGUUCAUGCGAUGGUGGCGUGAGAUCUAGAGUUAGGCUCUGCAAUGAUCCAUUACCCCUUUGUGAUGGAAAUGAAUGUGAAGGAAGAAAUGAAGAAGUUGAAGAUUGUAACGCAGAACUUCCAUGCUGCAUUAUCUCUGAAUGGUCCGAUUGGAGUGAAUGUUCUGCAUCCUGUGAUGAUGGUGAAUCAGUUAGAACAAGAUUCUUUGUAGAUCCCUCAGAACAAAGUUCGUGUUCUGAUGUGAAUAUUACAGACAUCCAACCUUGUAAUCUUGGGGAAUGUGGUUGCCGAUACAGCGAAUGGAGUGAGUGGACUGAUUGUAAUGCAGAGUGUGGUAUCGGUCUGUCACAAAGAAAGAGAGAUCUCGUUCAACCAAGCACUUAUGUAGAAUGUGACCAAUUACAGGUCGAAGAGAGAGACUGUUAUCUUGCAGAUUGCGUAUGUGACAAAGAUCAUGAGAAAUGGAGCAAUCAUUCUCGAUGUGAAACGACAUGCUUAAACAGAUUCACAAAUAUCCCAGUGGAAGAUUGUGAAGAACUCAACCCUGGCUGUGUUUGUGAGGAAGGAUACUUUGAAGACAAAAAUGGCAACUGCGUUACCAACGACAAUUGCUCAGUUUGUUAUCAUCCUGAUAGUCCAGAUGAACCAAUAGAGCCCGGAAAGAUUUUCAAAAACCCCAAAGUGGCUUGUGAGGUAUGUCAAUGUGUUGGUGGAGAUAUUGUCUGUAACAGAAGAUGUGAGUUCCCCGAAUGUAAAGAGGGCGAAGUUCUGUCCUACCCUAAAACUGAUCCGUGCUGUCCUAGAUGUAUUCCUGAAGAAACAACAUGUUCACUGAAGACGGAAAAGAGAGUUGUAACACGAGGGGACUGUGAAACUGUUGACGAAAUCAAUGUAACCUUCUGCUCCGGAAGCUGUGGUAACAGUAGUAGUAUACCUGUGUUUAUGAUGGACGAUGGUAUGGAGUAUGAUAACAUGGGUUGUAUACAGACAUGUAAAUGUUGCCAGGGUACUGUACGUGGUAUGCAGACAGUAGAUAUACGAUGUGGAUUACCCGGUCAGAAGAGACUGUACAAAGCCCGUGUACCUGUGAUUGUAGCCUGUAAAUGUGAUGCAUGUAUUACAACUGAGUCACAGAAGAACCAACAAGAUGCUACCAGCGGUUUUGGAAAACGAUAAAAUAGUGAUAAAUGUAUAAUUAAUUAAAUUUUAAAUAUAAAAUCUGAAAAAUGUCUUAUUAUUCAUUGACAAGCUAAUUUAAACUGAUCAUUCCGUAGCACAACAUACAUGUGAAAUAUCUCCAACAAGUAAGAAAUCGUAAGAAGAAUGAAACACAAUAACCGAAAUCUAAAAUCAUUAAAAAAAAAGUUGGCUAUGGGGAAAUGAAUAUAAGCUUUAAACAUACUACAUGAGUCUCGAUAAAAUACAUAUAAAAAAAUCACCAUAUCAUUCAUUCAUCAAGUUUCGACAUUGGCAUGAAUAUAAAUUAAGUUGAUUGCCUCUGCAACCGUAAAAAGGUCCCUUUAAUGCAUUACACACAACUUGCAUCCCUAAGUUUCAUCAACUAUAGAUAUAAGACUUCCAACAACAGUUACUUUAGCUACCAAAGUUUAUCCAAAUAAUGUCAAUUUUUAAAAUAACCAGCCAUGAUCUUUACCAAAGGUGCCAUCAGCUAUUAUAACAUCAAACAACAGUAAUUGCAUCUUCACAAACCACAGUGUAGAUUUCGGCAAUAUCGCAAUUUGAUUCUUUCUUGUUUUGUAAGGUCUUUAGACCUAACAUUUGUUACCAUCUAUGACUCUUGACGCGAAUGACUGGUUUUGAAUAAAAUGGCCAGAGAUGUUUAAGCUGGUAGACAAUCCAAAUCUUACUCCUUUGAGCAACUUUGACUGUUGCGUUCCUUUGUCCAGUUUUUUCCAAAGCUAAUGAUCUUCAAAGUGGAAUACUUAUUUAUCAUAUAAGCAAAUUUUAUAAUCAAUUAUACCUAAAACUUAAAAGUUGGAGGUUUAACUUGUUAUAAAUCCACGUUAAGUCUACCGUUUUCUUCAUAAGGAAAUGCUGUACCAAGUCAGGAAUAUGACCUAUGUUCUCCUUUCGUUUGGUGUGUUUGAGCUUCUGAUAUUGCUCUUUGAUAAAAGGCUUUCUUCGGCUGUUGUCUGCUCUAUGGUCGGGUUGUUGUCGCUUUGAUACAUUUCCCAUUUCCUUUUCCAAUUUUAUUUCCUAUUUGAAUUGUUCUUGGAGUUCGGUAUUUUAUCAUUUUACCUUUUAAUUGGUUGUUUAAAGCACUAACUUUAACGAGAAAUAUUCGGCAGUUUUCUAGAAUUCAUUCAACUGUUUGGUUGUUCUUUCGUUACAAACUAUUUAGUAACGAAUAAAACAGG